AUGAGAUUGCGAAGAAUAUUUUUUUAUGUUUUCCACUUUUUUCAGGUAUGGAUCUUGGUCGCUGCCAUUGGCCUUGUGUCUUCCAGACCACAAGAUUACAAAUCAAAUUUCCAGCUUGCAAGCCCAAUUUAUAUAACCAAAUACAUUUAUGACCUUCUACCCGAUCAAAGCUAUUUUUACUCAUAUGAGCAGAAUGAUGAGCAGAAAAAAUUCGAAAGAGGGUAUAUAAGACCAGGACCAACACCUGAAGAGGAUAUAAAUACCGUUGAGGGUUCCUAUUCCUACGUGGGACCAGAUGGCCAAAAUUACAAUGUGACGUACACGGCUGACGAGAAUGGUUUCCAACCAUCAGGUGAUCACAUCCCCAUGUCAGCUGGAGUUAAGCCAAAACUAGGAAUUUCAUCGGCUGCUCUCGCAUCAUUGUCUGGUUGAUUAACGGGUUGAAAGAAGAACUAAAGCGAAAAGAAAUAUUGUAAAUAUAAAUAAGUUUUGUUAUUUUUGUUUUAAUAUUAAAAAGAAUCG